CCCCAACCCCCCCUCGGCCACGAAGAAUCUAUCAUUUGCAACAGGAACAUUGCCCUCUUCACGAUUGACAGGUGAAGAGAUGCUGUUUGGCUCUACUAGAUGUUCUUCAAGCCUUUGGAUCUAACUACCGCACUCCGACCUGCACUAUUGCCCGAUGAAACCUUAUUGUUUGUCCAGGAUGCGGUGGGGUUGUACGAAGGGAAAUAUAAAAUUCCCAACUACCAAAAUGGACAUGCAUACCUGACCUCGCACCGGGUGUGCUAUGUCGCGGUCGAAGAGCCACGGAAGUACUCCGUCGGUAUCGAUUUGAAGGAAGUUGACAGGGCGGAGUACCAGGCAGGUUUCCUGAAGUCAUCCCCCAAGAUCACAUUGUAUCCUAAGCCGCCGAAAGGCUCCCUCAGCAAGUCAAAGAGCGCUGGCGCAAGCCCAUCCCGAAGGCAGUCACCGAGUCUAUUAGCUCCAGGUCCUCAAAUUCAGCCUGUGUCCCCCAAAGUGGUCAAUGCGACUUGGGUUUGUCCUAUCUGCUCGUUCUCGAAUCCCGUGCCUUCCAAUUUCGAUCCUUCGACAGCAACAGCGUCCACGCCAAUUCCACCUUGUUUGGCCUGUGGUAUCAAGCCACCUUUGGCCACCAUUCUAAAAGCUGUUAUUACUGCCACAGCUAGCCGAGAUGUUCCUUCAUCCAAAACGAAUUCAACCGCGUCUGGGCUUGGAGGCUCAGUCCCGAUUAACGGUUCCGUGAGCUUGCCAUUUUCAGACAACGCUCAGGUAUCAUGUCCACGUUGCACAUUUGUGAAUCAUCCCUCACUCACAGAGUGUGAAAUAUGUGGUGCUUCACUGGUGGCACCGGGCGCUUGGAAAACUACACAGAUCGAUUCACAUCGGGCAGAAUCACCAGCACCUGUGUUCGGCCAUAAUAGCAUCAAGAGCACUGAGAUCACUGACUGUAUGAAGUUAUCUUUUAGAGCUGGGGGCGUACAAAUAUUUCUUGAAAGAUUGAAGGGUGCCUUGAUUCAGAGGAAGUGGUUGCUUUACGAUGCUCCACCGGUGCCUCAGCAGCCGUCGCAGUCAAACUCGUUCUCAUCUCCAGGUUUGACAGUGACUGCACUCUCUGAAGGCAACGUACCGUCACCUGCCCGAUCUCCCGGAGUAGGCAUUGCGGGACUCGAACAGCGAGGUCUUCAGGCUCGCAAAAAUAACGAACUGGUCAUUGGGAAUGCGUUUGAAGACCUAGAGGCGCUUAUGGCAUCUGCCAAGCAGGUCAUGGCGCUUGCUGCGUCUAUGCGAGACUCGGGCAUGACCACUGGUGAUCUCUCUGGAGAAGCAAAUGCAGUUCUACUAGAAUCUGCGGAAACUAUGGGGAUGGUGACAACUAAGGAUAUGCUUGGUAGUGGCGCUGGAAGCUUAUACAUCUCAGAGCUUUCACGAAAUCUGGCUGAAUAUCUGACGGACGAUCGCAAGGGCUUGCUCAAUAAAGAGGGUGGCAUCAUGAGUCUUAUCGAUCUCUGGGCAAUAUUCAACCGGUCUCGAAACGGCGUUGAGCUCGUCAGCCCCUCUGACUUUCAAAAAGCGGCAGAGUUGUGGGAAACACUCAAAUUGCCGGUACGCUUACGCCAAUUCAAAAGUGGCUUGCUUGUUGUUCAAAGGUGGGAUUGGAGUGAUGAGGAAACGCUACGAAAGAUACAGGCGUGGAUGGUUGAGCUCCGAGAAGUGCCACCUACUGAAACAGUUGCUUGGGACUGGCGUAUAUUUGGGCGUGCAAUCACCGCCCAAGAGACAGCUCAACGGUUUGGAUGGAGUGUGGGAAUUGCAGCGGAGGAGCUAGAAAUGGCCGAGGACAAGGGAGUUCUCUGCAGGGAGGAGGGCAUUGAAGGCUUGCGCUUCUGGGCUAAUUAUUUGUCUGAUACCGGGGAUCUGGGUUUGUCAAGGAUAACUCUAGACGAGGUCUAUAGAUAUACCUCAACAGCAUAA